AGAUUUCCUUUGUAUAGAAAUAGAAUGGUGCCGAGAAGGAUAUAAAGAAAAAAUCAAAGGGUGUUGGAAAACUAGAAAAAAAGGAGUUGGAAACCUGUUUCUCUGUAUCGGGUUUUAAGAGAAGUUGGUGAUUUAGCCUCCCUCUCCCAAACGUUAUUAAAUUCCGUUAAGCAUUGCUUAUUCUUCACCAUCUUCUAAUAUCUUCUAACCUGAUUUUCUUGUUCUAUCAAAUCAUUACCUGAAAGCUGUCGGCUUUCACCAACCACGGAUAAUCGUCUAGUUUUGGAUCCUAUAUACGUCGAUAAAAGUUGGAAGAAGUGAUUUUGUGGAAUUAUACUAGAUUCUGAAAAAAUGACUGUGAUGAAACUUACUUGGAGAUUGAUCAUCCCGAGCUGUUCCAAGGGUGUUGUGAAACCAGAAGCCAAGCCUAAGAAUGAAGUUGUAAAACAAAGUUCAUUUACCAGGCUUGCAAUGUUAGACUUAAGUUAUCCCGGCUCAAUGCUUUCGGAAGAUCUGUCUACAUCGCUUGCCGGUUCAAACCUUCAUGUUUUUACGCUGGGGGAGCUAAAGGUGGUAACACAAAGCUUUUCAUCAGCUAACUUUCUGGGUGAAGGUGGGUUUGGACAGGUUCAUAAGGGGUUCAUUGAUGACAAGCUUAGGCCUGGAUUGAAAGCUCAGCCUGUGGCUGUUAAGCGCCUGGAUUUGGAAGGCCUGCAAGGACAUAGAGAAUGGCUGACUGAAGUAAUCUUUCUUGCACAAUUGAGGCAUCCACAUCUUGUGAAGCUGAUCGGAUAUUGUUGCGAAGAAGAACAUAGGCUACUUGUAUAUGAAUAUAUGCCUAGAGGCAGCUUGGAGAACCAGCUAUUUAGAAGGUAUUCAGUUUCUCUUCCAUGGGCGACAAGGAUGAAAAUUGCUCUUGGAGCAGCCAAGGGCCUUGCCUAUCUCCAUGAAGCAGAAAAACCAGUGAUAUACCGAGAUUUUAAAGCGUCAAAUAUCUUGUUAGACUCGGAUUACACUGCCAAACUUUCAGAUUUUGGUCUGGCAAAAGAUGGCCCGGAAGGGGAUGACACGCAUGUUUCCACCAGGGUUAUGGGGACACAAGGCUACGCUGCUCCUGAAUACAUCAUGACAGGUCACUUGACAGCAAUGAGUGAUGUAUAUAGCUUUGGAGUGGUACUUCUGGAGCUUUUAACAGGGAGAAGAUCUUUAGACAAGAACCGUUCUCAAAGAGAACAGAACUUAGCAGAGUGGGCAAGGCCAAUGUUGAAUGAUCCUAGGAAACUUGGCCGGGUAAUGGAUCCAAGAUUGGAAGGCCAAUACUCAGAUAUGGGGGCACGACAGGCAGCUGCGUUGGCUUAUCAAUGCCUAAGUCACCGGCCAAAGCAAAGACCAAAAAUGUGUGAUGUGGUCAAGACUUUGGAGCCCCUUCAGGACUAUGAGGACACCCCAAUUGGUCCCUUUGUUUAUACGGUUCCAACCGAAAGUGGUUCGCCAAAGGAGGACAAGGACACUAGUGAAUUUAAAAAGAAGUCAAAGAAAGAGAAUGGCCAUCAUCAUAAAAACCACAAACUCCAUCACGGCCAUAAGCAUCAAAAUAGAUCACCAAAGAUGUCCCCAAUUCACUCGGAAAGUGACACUCUAAAGCAAAAUUAUAGAAAUGGGUUGAAUUCUCCAUUGCACCAUAAAGCCAGGGGAGCAUAGAGUAUAAAUUAGCACAAUUGUAAAUUACACUGUAAAUAUGCAUUAAUUAGAGAUUGCCGUUGGAUUGCUCACCGUGGCAAAUGUUAAGAGUGUUAAGUUUUUCUUGAGAGCGAAGACUUGUUUGCUUCAACGGAUUCUUUUAAAUACAAAAUUUUUUAUUUAUUUUAUUCUUGUCUUAAAUUGUAUCCGAGAUGGGAUGAGUUUCAUUGUUUGUGAAGCAAAAGACUAGUUCAAAAAUGGCUAAUCUCCAACCUAUGUUGAUCAAAAAGCAAAUAUUCAAAAUUGUCAAAUACAGCUAAGCAUGGAAACAACGCGGAUAUACUACUAUGGAUCAAAUCCCACUAAACUACUACUUUCUAAUUCAAAUAAUUGUCUGAGUAGCACUAGCAGGCUAGCUUAUGUCAACAUUGAUGCUAUGCGAUCGCCAAUAAUUAAGGGAAAAGAUAUUGUCCCUAUAUAUACAAUCAAAUCCGUCUUUUAAGUUGGUUUCUCAAUUUCUUUUGUAAUUGAAAAUGAGACAAAGAAUACCUCCAAAACAAAAGAACAUGGAAGAAAUGAGAGAAGAUGAAACAAACUCCAAGGCUCCAAGCUACAAAUCGCCCUGACCAACUGGCAAUUUAUUUUGUUGGUGAAUUUUCUUUUCUUUUUGUUUGAAGAAGAGUGAUCAUAUGAACUGGCUUUUCAAGUUUUAAUCAACCAACCAACCAACAAAGUGCCUUAAUAAAUGCUCACCAGGCUGAGAAAACAAGGCAAACACAAAAGUCAGCAAGGCAGAGUCGCAAGCAUAGCAUUGUCCAUUACUGCCAAUAAGUUUUAUAACGCCAUUCUGUGACCAACUGUAAUAAUUAAAAAU